CCCGACUUGGAGAGGCGGCCUAAAGGACAAGGAAAAGAAAGCAGGGUUUACAUUCAGAAAGAAAGACAAGUCCCAGAUUGACUGUUGUAUCUGACAGAGAGGAAGAGGAGGAGGAGGAGGAGGAAGAGGAGGAAGAGGAGGAGGAGGAAGAGGAGGAGGAGGAAGAGGAGGAAGAGGAGGUAGGUGGUCCAUGCAGGCCUGUGCUGUCACACCACGACAACAACAACACACACUGCUCCUGCUGUGUUCCGACUGUAAGCGACCCUUUCCAACACUGUUUAUGUUGAGUCAACACCAGAGCUGGGUUGGAUGCACUGCACUGCAAUGGAGGUUUUGAAGCCCUUUGUCAGCAAGAAUCGAGCUCCGGGGUUGCUGCUCUAUCACUGAUCCUGACCUCCGACCUCCCCUCAGAAGGAUCAGUCUGUAGCAGUGGGCUCAGCUACUUGAGAAGCUGUUGUCACUAUGGCGCACUUUGACACCGAGUACCAGCGCCUGGAGGCGUCCUACAGCGACUCUCCGCCCGGAGAGGAGAACCUGAUGAUGCAUGUGCCUGAGGGAGCCAAACCCCAAUGGCACCAUAUAGAAAACCUGGACCUGUUUUUCCAGAGAGUCUAUAAUCUGCACCAGAAGAAUGGAUUCACCUGUAUGCUGCUGGGAGAGAUCUUUGAGCUGGUUCAACUGCUGUUUGUGGUUGGCUUCACAGUGUUCCUAGCUAACUGUGUGGACUAUGACAUACUCUUUGCCAACAAGUUUGUAAAUCACACUGAUUCAUCUAAAGUCACCUUGCCUGAUGCCUUCCUCCCAGUGGAUGUCUGCAGUGCCCGUAUCCGAGAUAAUGCGUUUGUGAUCUUCGUUUUGAUAAUCUCUGGGGUGUUUUGGCUACAUCGCCUGGUCAAAUUCAUCUACAACGUCUGCUGCUACUGGGAGAUACGAGCUUUCUACAUCAACGCACUCAAGAUGACCAUGUCAGAACUCCCCUAUGCAACAUGGCAAGAGGUUCAGGCCAGGAUAGUGGAGAUCCAGAAGGAGCACCAGAUCUGCAUCCAUAAAAAAGAGCUGACAGAGCUUGACAUUUACCACCGCAUCCUCCGCUUUAAAAACUACAUGGUUGCCAUGGUGAAUAAAUCACUCCUUCCUGUGCGAUUUCGACUUCCUGCACUUGGGGAGUCUGUGUUCUACACCCGGGGUCUCAAAUACAACUUUGAGCUCAUCUUCUUCUGGGGGCCAGGCUCUCUGUUUGAGAAUGAGUGGAGCCUAAAAUCAGAGUACAAGAGAGGAGGUAACAGGCUUGAGCUGGCAGACAGGCUGGCAUCCCGAAUCCUGUGGAUUGGGAUUGCCAAUCUGCUGCUGUGUCCAGUCAUUCUGGUGUGGCAGAUUCUCUGCGCCUUCUUUAGUUAUACAGAGGUGAUCAAGCGGGAGCCUGGUUCUCUGGGAGCGAGAUGCUGGUCUCUGUAUGGUCGAUGUUACCUGCGGCACUUUAAUGAGUUGGACCAUGAGCUCAUGUCACGCCUCAGCAAAGGAUACAAGGCUGCAUCCAAGUAUAUGAACUGUUUCCUCUCACCACUGCUGACGGUGGUUGCCAAAAAUGUUGCGUUUUUCGCCGGGUCUCUUCUGGCCGUGCUCAUCGCACUGACAAUCUAUGACGAGGAUGUUCUCGCAGUGGAACAUGUUCUCUCAUCGAUCACACUGCUUGGAGUCUGUAUCACAGUCUGCCGAUCAUUUAUCCCAGAUAAGCACAUGGUGUUUUGUCCUGAGCAGCUGUUGAGGGUUAUCCUGGCUCAUAUCCACUACAUGCCUGACCACUGGCAGGGCAAUGCACAUAGAUAUGAGACUCGUGACCAGUUCUCCCAGCUCUUCCAGUACAAAGCAGUGUUUAUUCUAGAGGAGCUGAUAAGUCCUGUGGUGACUCCCAUCAUCCUGAUCUUCUGUCUGAGGAGGAAGUCUCUGGAGAUCAUUGAUUUCUUCAGAAACUUCACUGUGGAGGUGGUCGGGGUUGGAGACACUUGUUCCUUCGCCCAGAUGGACAUCAGGCAGCAUGGACACCCUGCGUGGAUGUCAGAGGGGAAGACAGAGGCGUCUAUCUACCAGCAGGCAGAGGAUGGGAAGACAGAGUUGUCUCUGAUGCACUUUGCCAUCACCAACCCCCAGUGGCAGCCUCCCCAGGAGACCACACACUUCAUCAGCCAGUUGAAAGAGCGAGUUCACAGAGAGGCCACAGGGGCUACUUCUGACACAAAUCCACUCUCACUGUCCGAGUCUGAGCCAAGGAGCCUCAUUGCAAACCUUUUGGUGGGUCCCUCCACACUGGCCUCCAUUCAUUUCGGCAGAGAUAGCUCUUUGACCAAUCAUGCAGCAGCUGGAUUAAGUGAUGGGGCAUCUGCUUUACGCUCCCUUUCCCCAAUCAGCAGUAGUCUUCACCUGAGAGGCAGCUUAAGUGGAGCUCGCAGGGCUUCAGGCCACGCGUCCACCAUGAGCAAAGCAAUGGCAGGCUCUGGGACGGAUGCCCGGACUGUCAGCUCAGGCAGCAGUGCAUGGGAGGGUCAACUCACCAGUUUGGUCCUGUCAGAGUACGCCUCCACUGAGAUGAGCAUCCAUGCACUUUACAUGCAUGAGCUACACAAGCAGCAGUCCCGUGGCGAGCUAUCCCGUCACACGUGGCACCGGCAGGAGAGUGACGAAAGCAGUGACAGCAUCCCUGAUGAAGUAAGGAGCGAACCAAACCCUCACUCCAGACAUUUCCCUCGCUCACACACUUUCCCCACCACAGUUCCCAGUCCCAGUGCCAUUCCCACUUCAGCUUCAGCCGGCAGUAAUACCACCCUUGGCCAGGGGGGGGCGUCAUCACACAGCGCCGGCCAGCGGCGUUAUAGUGGAUCCAAUACAGACUCUCUUGGUGCGGGAGGGAAAGUUGUGAAGUCAGCCCGUGGUGUGCCCAUGGGAGGGUGGGCAGAGGAGGGUCAGGCAGCACCAAGACACCAUGACACUCUACCAGAGGAGAGCUCAGAGGAUGACCUGCCUCCUCACAUACACAAGAUUACAUAACCAAGCUAUGUGAACAUGUAUCAGCGUCCCACAGCUCCACAGAUAUCCAGACACACAUCUUCGUCCAAAACUUUUUCCCAGGACUGACCAUCUGAUCGGACACAGAUGGAGAUGGACAUGUGCAAGAGCGGUGUACCAUUAAACCUACAAACACUUAAUCGGUCAAAUCACCUGGUCCAGUUACGACUGAUGGCACCAUCAGCCAUUCAAACAUACCGUAUGACUUACUACAUGCCUAAACAGGCAAACAGGGAAAAUAUCUGAAUUGUGGAUCAGAAGAGGACCUCCAGGAUCAAGUUAUUUCUAAUAGCCAUUGAUACCAUCAGAUUACGCUACGCUCUUUUAUAAUGUCAAAAGAUUACAUAAUGAAAGUGCAUGUUUUACUGGGAUGUAAACAAAACUUGUGAACACUUCAUCCUUUGCACUAUGCCGCUGUAGAAAAAUACAUACCAAUUUGCUCACAAUGUGAUCAUAAUAAUCCUAAUUGCGUUAACUAUAUUUUUCCCUCAUUUACAAAUCAGAUGGCACGUGAGGUGAAAUUUAAAGAAUUUAUUGUGUCUCUCUAACAAUAACAGCAUUCACUAAAUUUGUGUUGAAAACGAUGCUGGUGACACAAUGAUUUUCAUUGUGUGUAUCUAUUGUUGUACCAGUAGUGGGAGGGUAUGUUUCCUACCCUGUGCUCUGUAUUUCAGCUUGCAUUCCGCCUCUUUGCAAAACAUAUGAAGGCCUCUAAUAGUAUAAAAAUCACCUGACGUUCUGUAAUACGAUUUUAACCCUGAGGGAUUUUUGGAUUUCUUUCUGCAUUUAGUUCAUGGGAAUUUUCCAAAAAUGUUGAGAAACUUUCCCAGAGUCUGGCUCAGUUUGCACAGAUUGUAGUGAAUUGUACAGUGUAGCCCGGUGUUCACGCACACUGUUCACUGUGUAAACAAAUAUUAUUAUCAACAAUCAUUCGGCUCAUUUAAUUAAUUACAUUUAAACAAUCAAAAGAUAAAAAUGUUGUGAUGUGUAGCCAGACAUGCUGUAUGCAAUCACAUUCUAAUCUGAUUCAACCCAGGUUUUUAUUGUUUACCUUCUUUUCUUUUAACAGGGAACAGCAAAAAAACACAAGGCUAUUUAAAGCACUUACAUUGACUUCUGUGCCAUACAAAAUACCCUCAGCACAAGUGCAUGACCAUCAUAAACACAUUGUUUCUAAUGAGUUGGAGCUCAACCCACAAGAAGAAUGACCAACCUCCACAUCCUGUUAAUUCAAAGCAUGACUUUCCCCAGUUCUCCUGUCAUUUAGCCGCAAUUCUUUAAAAGAAGAAUUAUGCACUUUGAUAAUCUGUUGAUGGAGAGGGUGUCACUUAACUUUAUUUGUAUGUGUAUGUUUGUAUAUUUUAAUUAUUUUAUUUAUCACAGGGAUGUGCCAUGAUGAUUGACCGUUGUGAAUAAAGGUUUGUGGUUUUCUGUUUGGCACUGGAUGCAGGGUUUCAGUGUAGUGAUGUUGGAGUCAUGUGGUUUGUUUUUUUUAUACAUCUUGUCUAAUACAAUUUUGUACAGCUGUAAAUUCCUCCAUUAAAGACAAGGCAAUGGUGCAA